UCCUGCUAAUGCAGUUGUGAAGAAUCUCACCUCCCAUGGCAUCCUACAGGUUCAAACGUCAUUACUGGGAAUUCGGUUUGCUGCUUCUGGGCCUGGUCAUGGGAUGCUGGCUUCGAAAACUUGUAUUUUCGGUGUCAAAUGACCAGUGCAAAGGUCAGACCAAACUUCCAUCGCGUUUGCUGGUGGACGAUUCUGCUUCCAGUCGCAAAAAUAUUCCCCUGUCGAACGAUCUAUUGAUGAUCGGUGUGAUGACCAAUCGCCAAAACCUUGCCACGCGAGCAGCUAGCAUUUUUGCCACGUGGGGGCAGUCGGUGCCGGGAAAAAUUGUCUUCUACAUCGGAGAAAGUGACGACAGUCUCAUCAGCGAUUCUGAAAACAAACGAGACGAUGCUUGGACUUCUUCUGCCAAGGAGCUGAAUGUAGUCAUCCAGGAAACGGCGGAACGAAAGUGGCGCGACCGGAAGUACGGACAUAAGCUUCCGGUUGUACAACUUCCUGGCAUCCGCGAUUCUGUUUAUCCGCCGAGGUCCAAGAGUUUCGCUAUGCUACGUCACAUGCACUUUCAUUACGGCGCGCGCUACAAAUGGUUUAUGCGAGCAGACGAUGAUGUCUUUGUCAGAACCGAUCUUCUGGAGACCUUCCUUCUCGCCCUCGACAACAAGCGGCUGUUGUACAUGGGCCAGCCUGGCAUCGGCAAGGCGUCGGAGAGGGGCAAGUUGGGCCUGAAGAAAGGUGCACCUUACUGCAUGGGUGGGCCUGGGGUGUUUCUGUCGUCUUACACCCUCAGGCGCCUCGUGCCUUACCUGUCGGAUUGCGAGCAGCAGGUAGUGACGUCACAUGAGGACUCGGAGCUCGGGCGGUGCGUGCAGAGGUUUCUUAAUCUACCGUGCACCAGGAAUCUGCAGAUGCAGAUGCUCUUCUACCAGAACUAUGUCGGCAUGAACAGUUCAUUCGCCGGUCCUCUUCGUCCUCCAGUCUUUUCCGCCCUGACCUUACACCCGGUGAAGGAUGUACAGCAGAUGUUUCGCCUUCAACUCAUCUUUGACAUGCUCAAACUCGAAAAACUUCAACUGAAGCAACAACGCCUCCUGACAGCCAUGACUGCCUUCAGCCUUUGCCAGACGAUGUUAGUAAAGAAAAGAUACCUUCAGUCUAUGACAUGCAGACAAAGAGACGAUCUGGCGAAAGGAAAUUAAAGGAGUACAGUGGGAACAGUGAACAGGAUAAUACAAAAACACAUGUGUAUGGGUAUAACAUCAUGAAUGAAGGUGAUGCUCCUUUGUCUGGGGCCCCGAACAUUGUGGAGUAUAGGCAAGGGGUGCUUGAGGAAGUGAACAAGCCUUUGGUUUCAAAAGACACCAAAGAGACUGAAUUGAAUUUAAAUCCAUCUGGACAUAUUUUACAGACCAGGUCUGUAGCAGUGGGAGGAGGGACUAGAGACAGCGAGAAACAGGACCGCCAUGAGGAUAUUAGCAUGGAUUCUCUAGGUCACGUGAGCUAUCCUAUGCGCAAGCUCCUGACCAAUAAGUUCCAGAACAUUCCAGAUGAAAGUUCCAUUGUGUUUAAUAACUCUGUGGUGAAACUGUUAAUAGGAAUGAAUGGUUGGAGUCCACGUCUUAUCUCAGAUGAUGACUCGGUCUGGGAUGUCCACGCUGUAGAUAACAAUGUUUAUUUCACAACUCCUCAGCUACAUCCGGCUCGCAAACUGGCCUUGUUCCGCGCUCAGAGGCACUUCCGGGAGUACAGCCGAUCUGGAUUGGUGGAAAGAGAAAAAUUGGACAAAAUCGUGGCGAUGUGUCAGAAAAUAUCUGUGAGUCAAGGCAUGCAGCAUAUAUUGACCAUCUACACCAAGAGAGGCUACCGAAAUUUUGUCUUGACAGACAUGUACGACAAGUUGCAGUGGCGAGAACUGGCAGAACCAUUUGCAUCGCCUUCUUCUUCUGAUUCUUCAGACGACGCUGAGAGUGACAGAAGGGACAAAUCAGAGCAUCAGACAUUGUUGGACAAACCCAGAGACUUGCAGACUGCGAACUUGACAAACAUUGACCGUGACAAUGCAGGAUCUAAGACCAUCGACGGACAAAAAGAAAUAUUUCGCGAACUUUCUGGAGCUCCACAACAGGGCGGCGCGUCCCCAGUUUACAAACCCCUGUGGAUUCUUCUGCCCCUCAGCGGGCGAUACGAAACCUACAAACGGUUUCUCGGCAACCUGUCGUCUGCCGCCCAGCAUUAUACGGGUAGUCUUCACCUCAAAGUCGCCCUCUUUCCUGAUUCAUCAAAGGACCACCUCCUGUCGGCAGCCUUGACACGCCAGGGUCUCUUUACCCUACCAACCUUCAGAUCACAAUGGUUGAGAUGAACGGAACUUUCUCACGCGCGCACGCGCUACAGACUUUGGCCGCGGGACUGGAGGAGUCGUCGCAGCUGGUGCUGAUGGACGUCGACCUGGUCCUGACGCACCACUUCCUCAAGCGCGCCGCCGCCAACGCGGGGCCAGGCCGCGCCUACUUCCCCGUGUACCUGGCGCAGUACCACCCGGACACCGUGUGCUACCGGGUGUCGCCGUGCACCCGACAUCUGUUCGACUUCUCGCGAGAUGCUGGCACGUGGCGCCACUUCUCGUACGGCGUGGCCGUUCUGAUGGCCGGCGACCUGCGGCGGGUGGGUGGUCUGGACACGAGCAUCAGAGGCUGGGGCAAGGAGGACGUUGACCUGUACACCAAAUGUGUGUCGCGUGGCCUUGACAUCUUUCGAGCGCUGGAUCCUGGGCUGCUGCACGUGCACCACCAAAGGUCAUGUGACCCUGCCCUCGCUGCUGACCAGCUGAGCAUGUGCAAGUCUUCUCUAGCUGCACUCUACGGAUCCGUGCACAGGUUGUCACAGAUGGUGAUGGACAUCGAAGCCAAGUUAAACAGGACCGUGGACAGCUAGCUGUCGCUCUCACGACUCAACUGGUCAAAGAAGUGAAACCAUACCGACAUCAACCUAUUUAUGACAAAUUGUUUUUAUUUUUAGCAUUGUGAAUGGAUUCUUAUUGAUAUUCCUUGGGUUAGGUUUUUUUGUUUUGUUUGCUCCUUCCCUUCAGUCCAGUGGCAAGGACAGGAAGCAGUCCAUGUAAAGGAAAGAAAUCAGGGAGAGACAGAAAAUGAGACAGGAGUAGAUGUAUAACUAAAAAUGGGAAAAGAAGUGACAUGUUAAAAAAAAGCAGAGACAGAGAGAGCGAACAGGAGAAAAAAGAAAAAGAUAUAUCAAACUGUAAAAGUGUCAGUGAGGUAGAGACUUGCCAUAGGUUGAUAGACAAGAGAUGCAAACUUUUGUGAAGGUAAUGUGUCCAGGUUGACCAUUUUGAUGCGAGUGUUGAUGUAUGGAUGCUUUGUGGUUUGCAGAGGAUGUAAAAUAUCAAAAGAUAAAUGUCAAAGUAUUUUUUAAAGCAGUGCAAAUGUACGUGUGAAUGCAAGUAAGUGGGCAAGUUGGUCUUCUUUAGAACAAUUCUGUUCAGCCAAAGGCAAUUGUAUUUUGAUGAAGGACUUUAUAUGAAACCAUGUGUCAAAAA